UUCAGCACCGCGCGGAACCUGGUGCAGAAGGCCCAGCUGGGAGACAGCCGGCUCAGCCCAGAUGUGGGUUACCUGCUGCUGCACACCCUCUGCCCUGCGCUCUAUGCCUUGGUGGAGGACGGGCUGAAGCCGUUCCAGAAGGAUGUUAUCACAGGCCAGAGGAAGAAUUCCCCCUGGAGUGUCGUGGAAGCCUCCGUGAAGACAGGCCCCAACACCCGCUCUCUCCACAACCUGUGCUGGCACGUGGCUGGGCUGGCCCCUCUCAGCAGCACCAGACAGAAGUUUCAUGCCUUUAUCCUCGGCCUUCUGAACAUUAAGCAACUGGAGCUGUGGAUCUCUCACCUGCAGAAGAGCCCAGGUGUAAUCUCCGUGCUGUAUUCACCCAUGGCCUUCUUUGCCCUGAGUCAAGGCCCUCUUCCCCACCUCGCUGAUGAACUGCUGCUGCUCAUCCAGCCCCUCUCAGUGCUGACUUUCCACCUUGACCUGCUCUUUGAACACCACCACCUCUCCGUGGAUGUAAGACCCUUGUCCCGUCGGCUGGAGUCACCCCUGUCUCCUGCUCGCCAUGCUGCUCAGGCUCGGGGGGCUGUGCAGCCUUCUCCAGAGGGCCAAAGCAGUGCUGCAGGGGCAAGCCUGGAAGAUGAGACCCCCCCCGAUACUCUGGGGAGGGCAGCCGGUGCAGAGGGCAGCACAAGGUCCCAGUCCCAGGCGGCUGUGCGUGGGCUGGUCCCUGGUCCCCAGGUGGGGGCUGCCCUGCAGCAGACCUUCCAGCACGUGCUGCGAUGGGGCGACCAGCUCGGUCGCGCUUUCCUGGGAGGUGACAGCUCCCCGGAGACCCACAAGACUGAGGCAGGCCCUCGGGGUGCCAGGGCUGGCCUCGGUGGCUGGUGGGGCCAGCUGAGCCAGGCCUCCAGGAUUUAUGCUGCUCCUAGCAAGGAAAAGUUCCCCUUCAUCUGGUGGACAAAGCUGCGGACGGCUGCGGGGGAUUCCAGCCCCGGCCAGGCUGCGCGACCCCACAUAUCUGUGAAUGAGCCUAGAGGCACGGAGCUGCAGCUUCUUCAGACCACAGGGCUGGCCUCGGUGGCUGCCCAAAGCCCAGCAGCAGCGCUGACACCUCUGGGACCUCUUCCCCCGAAGAUCUUAUCCUGCCUGCUGGAGCUGGAGCACGCACCAAGCCAAAUGAUCCCGCUGCUGGAGAGAAACUCCUGGCUGCUUCCCCAGAGCCUUGUGCGGAUAGGAACCGCGCAGCCCCUUCCGACCCAGAGGCUGGCAGUCCUCCUGGUCCUGGGAAGGGGAGGCGGGCGUUUUGGACCCCCCAGCCCCUCUGGCAGGAGCUUCCCUCCCAGUCCCGACACCAUCUCAGCUAGGUCCAGGAGGCCCUCCAGCUGGCUGUCUCCCAGUGCGCGUGUCCUGGCCGUGGUGGUGAAGGGGCUGGCGUCGGAGAAGACCCGUGAUCAAGAACAGCCAGAGAGGAACACGUGCAACGUGCCCCAGACCCACAGGGCAGUUCGGGCGCUGUGUGAUCACACGGGUGCCGCCGCUGGUCACCUGAGCUUCCAAAAAGGGGACAUCCUGCAGCUGCUCUCUACCGUGGAUGAAGACUGGAUCCACUGCUGCCAUGGAAACAGCACUGGCCUAGUUCCUGUCGGCUACACAUCCCUAAUUUUGUGA